UAAUGAGAGGAGAGUGGGAGUAAUAGUAAUAGUGCAGCCUGUGAACACAGCGUCACCGCUCCGCUGUUACAGAAGAAGGAAACGGACGUCUCCGAGUAUGAAACUCUCAUGGAGUUGAACUUUGAGGCUCAGAGUUAAAUGAACGAGUUGAACUGGUCGGAACAUGGUUAUGAACAGGGUAUGUAGCAGCUCGAUAUUUCAUUGUUCGUUUUAAAUAUUUUUUGCUUCGGUGUUAAUUUUGACAACCCACCGAAGAGGAAGCACGCGAGCAGCGGAUACACGCGCAAUUCUUCCGCACCGGAAAUUCUCGAAACAUUCUACUUUUUUGGAGAUUUUUCUUCAACAUCGACACUGCGUUUGGAAAAACUACAGUUCUCAUGAAGGACUAUCGCUUUUCAUUCUUAAACUGAGUAUAAAGUAAAAAAAAAAAAGUACCGUCACCGAAUGGCUUCUCAGGGGCCGGGACGCAAAAGAACUCCGAACAGAAACGGGGUGACUCCGGAGGAGGAUGCGCUCAAUGUCAUAGCAAGAGAGGCUGAGGCCCGGCUGACAGCUAAGAGGGCUGCCAGGGCAGAGGCUCGCGAGAUCCGCAUGAAGGAGCUGGAGAGACAACAGAAAGAGAUUUAUCAGGUCCAGAAGAAGUACUAUGGACUGGAGAACCUGGACAACAAAUGGGGAGACAUUGAGCAGUGGAUGGAGGACAGUGAGCGGUAUACACGCCACUCACAGAGCCAUGUUUUGGUGUCAGAUGAUGAUGAAUGUCUGUCCCUGGGGAGCAGGGGCAGUGUCAGAGUGAGUGAAUUGAAUUUGGAUUCAGUUGGUGCACAGGCUGGGUUGUCUGAGUAUAGUGGUCUUAUGGGCUCAAGCUCCAGAGCAUCAUCCACAGCAAGUUCCAGAUGUCCUAGCCCAGUGAAUUCAUUUGAACUUUUGGUUACUGGUGUUCGGGCAGUGGUUCAGUUGGAUGACGGAUUGGACAGAGAUUUUUUUGAAAAGGGCUCCUCUCGAGUAUCUACUCUAUCCACUGCCACUCAGAUUUCACUGGGUGGGGCUUCUUCAUGCAAAGGAAGUGACAGGUCUUCUGUCACCGCAGAUACAGAGGCAUCCUUACAGGAUAUUAAGGAAAUUCAUGAACUUCAGGAUCAGAUCCAUGAUGUGGAGUCCAAGUACAUGCAGAGCCUCAAAGAAAUCAAGAAUUCUUUGGCAGAGAUGGAGGGGAAAUAUCGCAAGGCUAUGGUGUCCAAUGCUCAGUUGGAUAAUGAGAAAUCCAAUCUGAUGUAUGAGGUGGACACUUUAAAAGACUCUCUGAUGGAGCUGGAAGAGCUUCUCGCUGAGACCCAGCAAGAGUGUGAGGAGAAGAGUAAGGAUCUGGAGCGAGAGAAGCAUGCCCACAGUAUACUGCAGUUUCAGUUCAGUGAGCAAAAAGAAACACUGAAACAAAGUAAAGAGCUACUGACUGAGAUCCAUCAUUUACGUUUCAAACAAGAGGGCUUUGUUAGGGAGGUUUCUGACCUGCAGGAAACUAUUGAAUGGAAGGAUAAAAAAAUUGGGGCCUUAGAAAGACAAAAGGAGUAUUCUGAUGCCAUUCGAAAUGAGCGGGAUGAACUCAGGGAUGAGGUGGUUCAACUCAAAGACCUUUUAAAGAAACAUGGCAUUGUCCUUGGACCAGACUUGUGCACCAAUGGAGAAGCUGAAGAAAAUGUGACUGACGGAUCAGCCUGCACUGAAUUGCAGCAGGGGAGCAAUGUAUUAGGCACUCAGGAGUUGCAGUUGUAUAGAGAUGAAAAUGUAGAGAGCUCCAGAGCUGGCCAGUUCCAACACCCACAGGAUCUUGACCAUGGAAUUCACGAGAAUCACCUCCCUCCAUCUGCCUCUGGCAGGUCUUCUGAAUCUCCUAUAGUAGCACAAAAUGAUGGCGGUCUUGGGAAUUAUCUAAAUAACAGCAUUGAAAAAAAUCAAAAUAAUGUUGAAAAGCCUCAGAAUGAUUUUGAGGUUGAAACAAAGGAAGAAGUAUUGGAAAUUUCAAAUGAUAAUGCUGUAGCACAAGAACCUGUUGCGAUUAUUAUGCAAGGUAUAAGAACAGAUGAGCAAGAAAUUCUACUGUAUGUUAAAAGAAGUGAGACUGUAAAAGAGGGAAAUCCUGAUUCCACAGAAAAAUUCACAUGUGAGAUAUCAGAAAAAGAUGGAGAUCACAUAAAUGAGAUUGUGGUUGGUGAUUCUCAGAUCAAAAUGGUUUCUGAAAGUUUGCAAUCAGCAAAAAUAGAUGCAUCACAUUCCCAAAGUGCCAGUGUUUCGGGAAAAAAGAAGAAGAAAAAAAAGAAAAAUAAACAGAAACAAAAGCACAGUUGUGAUGAAAAAGGGGUUCAUUCAGAAAUGGGGGACAAGAAUGAAAAGCAGCUCAUGGAAAGCAGUUCAGUUCAGGCAGUUUCAGUUUCAGAGUCCAGCUCUGUACGUUCAGAGGAAGCAGCAGUAAAUGAGAAUGAACCAGAUUUCAUGAAUAUUGAUGAAAUUGACCUGAUGCACAAAAGAGCAGAAUCUCUAGAACUGCAAAGCCCUAAUACUGGCCCUGGAAACAGUUUAGAACGAAUCAUUAAGCUGACUGAUUGCAUGAGCAGCACUGACCCCAUCCCACUGGUGGACUCCAAAACAGAAAUGAAUAUCGACAUCCCUACUUCUGACUUUCCAUUGGAAAGUACUCCUGGGGAGUUAAAUGCUUCUAAUGGCAAAUACAAAUUGCGAAGCAACCCUGAUGACAUCGAACCAAAAGACAUCGUUGUCAUCUGUGCAGAUUUUCCUGAAUCUGAAAGCUAUUUUGAUGUAAAACCUGAGAACGAUAUCAGUGAAACUACCAAAGAUAUAGAAACCACUGAUUGGAUUAUUCAUCUUGAUGAUGAAACCUAUACCAGUACACAAACAUCUGCAGACGCACAGCUGGAUAACACAGUUACGGCCGAAGGACCAAAAGCAGAGCAAGAAGCGUCUACAGACGUGCAGAUGGGUGACGUGUUGGUUGCGGCCAAAGGACCAAAAGUGGAGCAAGAAACAUCUAAAGACGUGCAGCUGGGUGACAUGUUGGCUGCGGCCGAAGGACCAAAAGCAGAGCAAACAGCGUCUGCAGAUGCGCAGCUGGAUAACACAUUGGUUGUGGCCAAAGUACCAAAAGAAGAGCAAGAAGCGUCUGCAGACACGCAGCUGGGUGGCACAUUGGUUGUGGUUGAAGGACCAAAAGCAGAGCAAGAAGCGUCUACAGACGUGCAGCAGGGUGACGUGUUGGUUGCGGCUGAAGGACCAAAAGCGGAGCAAGAAGCAUCUGCAAACGCGCAGCUGGGUGACGCAUUGGUUGCGGCUGAAGGACCAAAAGCAGAGCAAGAAGCGUCUGCAGACGUGCAGCUGGGUGACGCGUUGGUUGCAGCCGAAGGACCGAACAAAGAGCAAGCAGCGUCUGUAGAUGCGCAGCUGGGUGACGCGUUGGUUGCGGCCGAAGGACUGAAGGCAGAGCAAGAAACGUCUGCAGACGUGCAGCUGGGUGAUGCGUUGGUUGUGGUCGAAGGACCAAAAGCAGAGCAAGAAGCGUCUGCAGACGUGCAGCUGGGUGACGCGUUGGUUGCGGCCGAAGGACCAAAAGUGGAGCAAGAAGCGUCUGCAGACGCGCAGCUGGGUGAUGCGUUGGUUGCGGCCGAAGGACCAAAAGCGGAGCAAGAAGCGUCUGCAGACGUGCAGCUAGGUGACGCGUUGGUUGUGGUCGAAGGACCAAAAGCAGAGCAAGAAGUGUCUGCAGACGCGCAGCUGGGUGAUGUGUUGGUUGCGGCCGAAGGACCAAAAGCAGACCAAGAAGCGUCUGCAGACGCGCAGCUGGGUGAUGCGUUGGUUGUGGCCGAAAGACCAAAAGAGGAGCAAGCAGCGUCUGUAGACACGCAGCUGGGUGACGCAUUGGUUGCGGCCGAAGGACCAAAAGCAGAGCAAGAAGCAUCUGCAGACGUGCAGCUGGGUGACGCGUUGGUUGUGGCCGAAGGACCAAAAGCGGAGCAAGAAGCAUCUGCAGACGUGCAGCUGGGUGACGCAUUGUUUGCGGCCGUAGGACCGAAAGAAGAGCAAGAAGCAUCUGCAGACACGCAGCUGGGUGACGCGUUGGUUGUGGCCGAAGGACCAAAAGCAGAACAAGAAGCGUCUGCAGACGUGCAGCUGGCUGACGUGUUGGUUGUGGCCGAAGGACCGAAAGCGGAGCAAGAAGCAUCUGCAGACACGCAGCUGGGUGACGCGUUGGUUAUGGACAAAGGACCAAAAGUAGAGCAAGAAGCAUCUGCAGACGCGCAGCUGGGUGACGCGUUGGUUGCGGUCGAAGGACCAAAAGCAGAGCAAGAAGCGUCUGCAGAUGGGCAGCUGGGUGACACGUUUGCGGAUGAAGUACCAAAAGCAGAGCAAGAAGCUUCUGCAGACGCGCAGCUGGGUGACGCGUUGGUUGCAGCUGAAGGACCAAAAGCAGAGCAAGAAGCGUCUGCAGACGCACAGCUGGGUGAUGCAUUGGUUGCAGCCGAAGGACCAAAAGCAGAGCAAGAAGCGUCUGCAGACACGCAGCUGGGUGACGCGCUGGUUGUGGCCGAAGGACCAAAAGAAGAGCAAGCAGCGUCUGCAGACACGCAGCUGGAUGACGCGCUGGUUGUGGCCGAAGGACCAAAAGCAGAGCAAGAAUCACAGGAGCCAACAUGCACAGAUCAGGACUUCAGAGUAGAAAAGGAUGAAGGUGAGGUGGAGUGUGGAGAAUCUUUUGAGUUUCAUAUAGAGAUUAUCAGGUCAGAAGGAAGUUUGCUUGGAGAUACUGAGUGUCAGCAAAAACACAAAAGCAUUGCUGGGUGUGCAGAGCAGACUUGUACAACCACUGAACCACAGGAGCUCACAGAUGCAGAAGAUGGACAAAAUGUCUCAAUGGAGAGAGCCAUGGGUGUAACUGUGGAACAAAUGGCCACAACCGGGGGCGAUCAAAACGACCAUCAGCAACAAUGUAUAACAGGAAAUGAGGGACAAAGAUCUCAAGACCAUGAAGAAAUUCUCCACUUUGAGCAAAAUGUAAGGGCCAAGCAGGAAACGAGUUCAGCAAAUAUUGCACAGGUCCUUAAUGAUCCAUUUCCUGAGACAGGACAUUUAGACCAGGAAGCCAGUAGUGUCCUUCCACAAAAAGGUCAAAAUAUGGGAGAGCAGGAAAUCAGGGAAGUCAAAAUGGGUACAUCUGAAAGAAACAAAGAGCAUGCAAAGAAUGGUUCCAAAAGGGAAAGCAAGAAAGGAAAAGGGAAGAGUAAAGAGGACUGCAAAAUGUCCCUUUCUAAAUUCUGCUUUUCAGAAAUUCGUCUACGUAAACUGGUGGAUGAACGAGAGAAUUUGAUAGAACAGGUGAAAACUCUCAAAGAACAACUUGAGCAGAAGAAAAAGGGGCAUAAAAGAGACAAGAGCUGCAGUCCAGAGGGAGAAGUCCUGGAGAACAGCACUGACCCAGAUGUCAUGGACAUGCAUAGAGAUGCUAACAGGCAAGUCAGUGAUCUCAAAUUUAAGCUGGUCAAAUCAGAGCAGGAAAUCACAGCUUUGGAACAGAACGUUACAAGACUUGAGGGGCAGGUGACUCGAUACAAAUCUGCAGCAGAGAAUGCAGAAAAAGUAGAAGAUGAAUUAAAAGCUGAGAAACGCAAAUUGCAGAGAGACCUCCGAUCUGCAUUGGACAAGAUUGAGGAGUUGGAGUCAAGUAACAGACACCUGAACAAACGGCUGGAGAAGAUGAAGGCAAAUCGAGGCACAGUAACAUCACCCUAGUAGACUCAAACUUGACCCACUCACAGUUGAACCUCUGCUGUGUCAUUCACUAACUGCUCUGAAGUAUGUUGCCACUUCUGUGUACAGCUUCCCACAAUUUUACGAGUUCAAUAUACAAAAAAAAUGCACUGACGCACUACAAAAUUAUAUUGUAGCAUUUGUUUCUUAUAUUUAUUUAAUGGUUGAGUUCUAGGAUUGAAAAAAAACAUACAAUUUCAUAGGAAGUCUAGGGAAACUUCAGUGAAGCACUUAAUACUUGGAGAUCAAAAGCUUUUUUGUGACUGCUUUAAUUGGCAGUUCAUGUGAGUGUGGGGAAAAUAUGGUAGGAUGACACUGCUUUGGUGUAAAUCUGGUGAAUGAUUUUGUAUAGUACAGAAGGGUGACAGAUUACAGGAAAAAAGGUCAGAUGGCGUGUGGGUAAGGAGUUGGACAACCACAGGCUGCCAGAACAACUUCAGUCCUCCUUGGCAUAAACUCUGCAAAUGUCUGGAACUGUACGGGAGGGAUGAACACCAUUCUUCCUGAAGAUAAUCCAUUAGCUAUUGUUUUAACUGUCUGAUGAUGGUGGUGGAGAGUCCUGUCUAACAUUCCAAAAUCUCCCACUGGUGGGUUGACCUUUAUUUUCAUCCUCAUCAGUGAUCCCUUGUGUCCCAUGAAUGUGAGCUUUACCAACUUGGAAGAGACAACUCUCAGCAGGAUAGAAAAUGUUUCAUCAUGGGAGAAAGAUGAUCAUUCGGACAAGCAGACACAAACUGUGCUAGAAAAAUACCCCACAGCAUAUCAGAGCCACUGCUUUUUCUUUAAUUUGUCUCCAAUCUCUGAGAUUUUUUUUUCUUUUUUUUAAUUUGGUGUUGAAACAAAAGCCUGUCCUCAAAUUGCAUCUAAAGUUAAAGCAUGUGAACACCUUUAAAGUCAAAUAAAACCCAAAAAUAAAUGCCAUUUGCCAAACACGGCAAGCGCCCUGAUGUGCCCUCUGCAUAUUUAAAUUAAAAAUAAAAUGUUAUAACAAUCUAUUUAUUUUAAAAUUUAUGAUAUUGCUAAAAAUAUCCUGGGCACAUACAUGGGCACAGUCAUUUGCACUGAAACUGGAUAUCCACCUGUGAUGUAACUGGCUCAGUAGUACACCAUUUACUUUUGUUGCACAGAACCAUCAAAUAAAGACUUCUAAUUCUUAAAAAAAAAAAUCUCCAG